AGAAACUGCAGUACACAAGUUCCUAGCAGGUGGCAUUAGCAACUGCAGGCCAACGAAGAUCGGCUUGAAUCAAGAAUAUGAGCGAAGUAUCUCCUGCUGCGCAAGCGGACCAGAGCGGCACAGCUGCAGUUAAGGGCGUCGAUAGUAGUUACCUGAUUUACAUUUUUUUCUAAUUUCUCUGUGCGUGGGUGUCAUGUUUCCAUUACAUGCAUCAUGUGAAAAGAAGGACAGGAAUCUAGUAGAGACGCAUCAUGAUAAUGGUGAUGAUAAUGAUGAUGAUGAAAAGGAGACAGCUUUGGACUGCUUGGGAACAUUGGUAAAAUGAGACUCGCUCUAAAUCGAAGUGCAGGGUUGAAGCAGCUACCAUGGAGAGCGUGCGCUUCCCAUGUUUGAGGCUUAUUGUGACUGCUGUUCUCCGACUGCUGUGGAGUAGCUGGCUCCCAAUUACAACACAUAAUCUACAACUUGAUGGACUUCCUUGCUUUAUUCCAAACGACCCAUCUAAUUUAUCAAGUCAAUCGUCUACAGCAUACAAUUAGCCUACUUAUUGUUCUGAUUCUCUCAGACGAAUCAUGUAAGCAAAUCAACCUACAGAUCGCUUUCUCGUCUACAACUAUUCUGGCACUUAUCUCACGCCUGACUCGUUAAUAAUCUACACAUCCUGAGCCUCAAGAAGCUCAAGGUCAAGAGCCCAUAUUUGUAGAUAAUACGAACACAAGAGACUCAGGGAAGUCGUGGCUCCAAUCCGAACCGACUAACGUCAUCAAUACGAAGACAAACUGGAGGCCCUCUAAGAAUACGCCCGAACGCAUCAGGCAAGGCUGUGGUCGCUCUAGAUAUACCACGGGACUACGAGUGCUGCCCACGGGAAGUCUGCAACAGCUCUCUUAAGGCUCCGCGUAACCUCCUCAAGUGCAUACUUAUAAUAUAGGACGCGUCUCUGUCUCACUCACGCUUUCCGGUAUACUGGGGUGACUUUGGAUGUGUCCUGUCUAUGUAAUUUCUGAACCAACAUAGUAGUACAAGUCAGAGUAGAUGUAGCCUACAUGUUGGAGACAAUGGAAGGUCUAAGCACACGCACGGCAAGGAUGGAGCAGCGUGGGAUGUAUACUUAAGGCGGGCUUCAUUUUAGUCGUUGAUCUCCAUCGUACUUAUGCGAUGCCAUUUAUUUUUCGUCGGUAGUAUGUAAGCCCCUUUUUAGUCAUAUUUUAGACAAAGGCUGUUUGGCUCUUUGAUCCUUAACUCAAUUGAUGCAGGAGCGAGCCUGAGGCAUCGUAUGAUCCUAUAAUUAGAUCCUAUUAAAUGAUAUUCUAAGUAUGGCAGCACUACAUCGCGAACGUCGCUUACGAACGUAGAUUUAGAAGUUUCUGAUAAGUGAUUGGCUGGCCCUCGUAAAAGUUGAAGUUUCUACUACUUACUUGCUUGCUCUGUCUUAGGAGUUUCUCCUGAUCUCUCUCUCUGUUUUGCUCUUAAUAAGAACCCAACAGGAGAGAAUUUCUAGCUUGUUCUUCUUGUUCUAUUCUCCACUUGAUCUCAGAAGCCUCUAAUAUUUGUCAACAAACUCUUCUGGCUGGUACGGGAACACUUCAAUGGGAAUUGCAAAGAGGUGGACUUUGUCGAAGUCGGCACUUCUUAUUUCCAUACGUUAGCACAGUGCUGCUACAGUGGAGACUUAAGGCUACACCUACAACAACUUGAUGCCCCCCUUAGAUCUAUCGCGAUCCUAUUAGCCACUUACCUUUGAAUCAUAGAGACAACUUACUUCAAGCACAGGGUCGGCUAAGGAGUACAGUUGUACGUCAUUUAAGUUUAUGGAUAAAGAGGGCGUGCUGGUGGUUGGGCUCAGGGGUGCGACGCGCGAUGCCUCUAACAGACGCGGAGAGUUUCAAAACUUAAGGAUUCCAUAAAUUCUUCUAACUCAUCUCAGAAGAGAGCACUCUUGACACGUUUUCAAGUACUUUAAAAUGACUAAUAACCGUUACCGUUUUCUGUCGCGAUGCCAGUGUGAAAAUGGUCCAGGAUGCCCUUCAGGAUGAAUGUCUAUGGUGGAAGGUCUAAAACAGAUAUAAAAACAACGACGCGAACAUCUACGGUUACGGCCACCACAGGACGAAAGAGCUUAGUCGAGAUAUCAGAAAGAGCUUAGUCUAAAUAUCAGAAAGAGCUCAGACAAGUAAUUUACUUAGAAUGUUGUCUAUGUAGACGAGGUAGUGUAGAAUGUUGUUGAUGUGCGUAGUACCAUGGAGUGUUGUUGACAUGCGUAGUACUAUUGACGCCAUCCGCGUCGUUGAUAGUGAUGUUUCAUCCGUAUUGUUGUAGGUCUAGUCGAGUGUUGUCAUAGAGGGUCACAAAAGUCGGGAUGCUAUUGGUGAAGGAAAAAAGCCUUCGUCUACCUGUGACGUUGUGACUACAGCGCGACCCAUCUCCUUUUCCUUUUUCUGGCUUUUGUUUCUUCUUUUUCUAGCUAGGUGCCCCACCACAAAUAUGGAUGUCUGUUCCUUUACGUUUUGUUUGAAAACUAAUUUCUUGCUUUUCCUCUCUUUUUCUAAUGUCUUUUUUGCAAAUUUUUAGGGUACCCGUCAGCAACCGGAAUCAGCAUUGACGCAUGUGAAGACAACUUGGCUGAGCUGCCAGUCCACCCACGCUUGACGUUACGAACGCUUUGAAGUGUCUACUUAUUUAUAACCUUGUUCGAAGGGUAUUAGACUCCUACCUACUUAUUGUCUUUGUCUCUACACCAGCAAGGUCUAUGAGCAGGAAAGCCAGAAGCAACGAGGACGCAUAAGUGCGUGCGUUUUGUUUUCAUCAGGAUAUAUUGCUCAAGUCAAUGCUUUACACUCUUUGGAUAACAUUUCGAUUUUCAUCUCUGCUGUUGAAGACAGACGCGCGUCUAUUACUUGUGCGUAUUGUCUCUACUCUCUAAUCAUGAAGAUGCAAGCAAUCGUGAGCGGCGUGGCGCCACAGGAGGACGAGGCGAGAACAAUCAAAGACCUAGCGGAACGGGAGCUCAAGUCAUGGGUUUUAGAACUUAUGCCUAAGCAGCGUACUUGACGUCUCUGAGCUUGAAAAUAGGGGCUGCUGCUAUCUUCUUUCAUCGCAUGUACAUUCUUACAAAAGCGCACAUGUUGAGACAGGUCUGCUGUUGAUAAUAAGUUACCUGAUUUUUUGUCGUUCGAACCAGGAGCAGCAGCAGAAUGCGGAACAUCGAUCGGCUUACUUUCAUUAUCUUCAUGCGUGUUACACUUAGACACUUACUUACUUAUGCGUGUUACUGUUACACUUACUGCCCUCAUCUCUUACUACCCUCAUCUCCUAAAUUUCUAAGCAAUACUGGAAGACAGACUCAGAGCGUCCUUGGCGCCCACAUAGCCCGGGCGUUGAGAAUAACUUGCGCCUGGUAUGGCCAGAGGACAUGAGCGCCCCAAAAUUUCGAAAGUGGCUUGCAGGCAGGUACGCAUGCGACGCAGUCAGUGCCGUUAUGUGUAGAAUAAUUUGACCGCUAACCUAAGCUAAUCUACCCUAGCCUAUGAAUAACUCCUAACCUAAUCUAACUACCUAACCGAAACGAUGCAUCGAAUAAAAACCUCAUAAGUUUAGAAUAGCCCUCAGUUUAUACUAGCCUCUCUUCAUUAUACAUGGGAGCACGUAAAAGGCUACUCUUACAUGCCAUUGGAUGUCAGAUACUUUACUUGCUAGAGAGAAGGGCACCACAGGUGCCGCAUGGGUGCUAGGUCGAGAUGAUCUAUACCACAGAUGAUCUAUGCCGCAGAUGAGAUCUAGAUCUGGUGUGGUAUUUGUAAUUUCAAAAAGUGAGACAGAGGCAAAAAAUUCAAUGGACGAGAUCAAGGGAAUGGACAGGAUCACUAUCAUACACAAAGGUGGUCGUUUGAUCAAGAGGGUUGUGCUCCACAAGGAUUAUAUCACAAGUGGCCAGCUUCACAUGGCAUAGUACAGGUAUAGCACUACGUACAAUAAUUGCAGACCUCUUUUUGUUCUAUACUGAACAAGAUGAGCAUGAUAAUCGUUCGUGCCCAUUAAUAAUUGUAUUAUUUAUUUGCGGGCGUUUGCAUUGCGUUUGUUCAUUAUGAAGGAGAGAAGCGACUGUAUUACGGCGCCAGAAGUUACGGAUGAGGUAGAGGAGACGGACGAAGUUCGUGCAUGGCUCGAAGCGGAUGCUGCGGCAAAGAAAAGAGAAGAAGAAAAAGAGUUUUAGGGCAUCUGUUUAGUCUAAUGUUCAGUCACCGUCUAGAAACUCCACAUCUUAGGGUAUCGGACUGGUUUACGUCUGUUGUGCCUGAUCUCUUCACGUAACUCAAACAAAGUUCUCACUCUCCCUCUUAUUCUCAAGCAGACAGUCACUCUGGCAGUUAUUAUCUCGCGCUUGACUCGUUCUUCGGGCAUUUUAUUUUUUCUUGAAGUUGAGCUGGUCUGUUCUUUACCUUCACAGCGAUAACAGCAACAAUCAAAUCGUUGCUAUGCUUUGUUUUUGCUAUGCUUUGUUUUUGCCAUCAGCGUGGUACUUUUCUAAGACGAAAAUGUAGACGGUUCCGCAAAAGAACCACGCUCAGCGGGGAAGAGAUACUUCUACUCCGUCAAAGGCGCCAAGGAUUACGGAACAAAUGCUCUAGCUCAACAGAGCGACUACUUGCUUCUUCUAGACUUUCUUUUUGAAUAUAGCACCCACCACUCGUCUUCAAUUUCAAAACGUUAUAAUUCAACAUAUCGUGACUGGAGAUACCUCCGGCAAUAGCUUCGUGAGUUGCCAUAGACCUCUGCGAGUCCUCUUAAUGGAGGGUCGGUGAUUAAGAGUUAUCUCAAUAGGCUACUAGUUCUAGUUCUAGCAUCUUAGAAAGUAAAAGCAUCUUCUUCUUCAUAGAAAUGAGUAGUGGAUGGAGACUCUCGUUAUCUAAUACAAUUUGCGCAACGCAAGGAAGGAUCCGAAACCUUGCGGCAUCCACAGCAAGGCGUACUGUGCUACUUGUACCUGGGUCGGAGAGCGCGCGGCCAGCUGCUGUUCGCUCGAUGAGCCUACCGAAUAUCUACUCGAAAUACUCCAGAGUAAUUUAUGUAACAACUAGCCUCUUUUUAGCAUAGGAAAUGCUCCAGAGUAACUUGCGUAACAACUUCUAGCUUCUUUUUAGCCGAGACCUAGUCCUAGUUACAUUUGAGCCAGUUCGAAGUACUUGAAGAAACUGGCACUAUAGAAAGGAGGCCUAGUGGCCCUGGUGUACUUAGGUAGGCGAAGUAGUUAGAACAGUUCCCUUGUACUGGGGUAGAUGAAGCAGAUGGAUCAUUAUUACUGAUUAUGAUUUUGAUUAUCGUUUUGAAUGUCAUAAUUACUGAUCAUCCUGCAGGUAGAUGCAAUAUGUCUAUCAAGGGUGCACAGAAUAGAAUAGCAUCAUGAUUGUGGGACAUGAUUAUGGAACUGCAUGAUAAUUAGGUAGAAGAAAGCCGCUCCGUUUCUAACGCAGAACGCACUGGAUUUGUUGCAGAGGCGGGCGGUGGAGACGCGAUCUUUGAGUAGCAUCCUCACAGAACACGGAAUCACGCGCACCGAUCUGCUGAAACUGGACUUAGAAUUAAGAAACUGGACUUAGAAUUAAGAAGCUGGACUUAGUUUGAACUUCUAUCAAGGGCACUAGGCUAAAGGUGUUCUUGUUACCGUUUGUUUUGUAACUUCUCUCAAGCACACAGUUUUCGUCAAAGUCUUUGUUAGCACCUCUAAAAGACGGGUCGGACUGCGCAGUGCUGA